AUGCUGUGGCCCAGACCAGUGGGCGCGGUCGAGCUUUGCUCGCUGACAUUGCCCCUCAGCUUGCUCAGCUUGCCAAGGGCCCAAACGUAUGUGUGCUCGCCUGGCCUGCUGAUCAAGGCGCUGGCGGCAGUCCACGAGGAGCUUUUGGCCCAUCUCGUUGCUCUUAAAGCCAGCGUGCGACAGGCCGGCAAGCAACUCGUCACCGGAGCCGAAGCCAAUGCUCAGAUGAAGGCCGACAUUGACAGUGUGCAUUUACGCUUGCAAAAUGUUCUUUACGAAAAGCUUCACCUGCUCAAGGAGACCGCUGCCUGCAACCAAUUUCGGGCCAAGACAGACGAUAUGGCGCUCAUUUCAGCUGCCGAGCUGUCCCCAGAGCUGCAGACGGAUGAUCCACACCAACAAAUGCUCAAUCGCAUCGAGGCCGAACGUCGCGAGCGUGAACGCUUGGUGGAUCAACUAGAGGAGUUGUCACAGCGGCAGUCAGCCAUGAAAGCAUUGAACAAGCAAAAGGCUUCCAAGCUUAAGCAGCUCCCUCGUGCGAUUAACAGACUUGCCGAGGUGGCGAGCGACGUUAGCAACGUAUUCUCCCGCCACCAAGAUAAUGCCCUGCCAGCCGGCUCCAAUGACCCCCGCGCCGCUGCACUGCCCCUCCCACUCUUUGUGUUCUAUGAAACGACCACCGCCUUCAUUCAACUCGAAACCGAACCUUCCGGCUUGCAUGUGAGCAUCGAAGGUGAGGCCAGUGCUGUGCCCAAUUUCGACGAGGCCGUUGCAGGUCUCAUCUCAGUCAAAACUUCGGUUCAAAGCGGCCAUCAACGCGACGAUGAAGAGGAUAACUCCUCUGAUAGCCCAGCCGCGGUUCAAGCCAACACGCCGCACCCCCUGACCCUCAAGCUGAGUGUCAAAACAGCCAAAGUCCAAGUGGCUUGGACACUGCGUUGGUAUCCCGUGGUCGACAUGGUCACCGUUGAACAGGACCCGGCACCAGGCUUGCUCGAAGACGCGCUCAGUCAUCUCUAUGUCAACGAUACGGGCACCGAGAUUGUCAACACUCGCAUAGCACUGCAAGAAGCUGUCGCACGGAGUGCCACGGUGGAUGACCUCCUGUCGGAGCGCCAGCGGGCCUAUCGCUGGCUGCAAAUCUGUUCAGGCCUGGUGGAGGGCUCUGCAAGCCGCGCCAAGCGCCUUCGUGCAGCCAAUCAGGUCCUCAUGGAUAUUCUGCAACGCGUGGAGGACCGUCGCGCUUUGCAAUACUACUGCGCCUCUCUUGAUGUGGGUCGUCUGCCCUCGCUGCCCAACGCCAAGCAACACUUUCCCCUCAAGCGCACUUCCACUCUUAAAUCUUGCGAGCGGCUCAACUCGGACGGAGCUACGGUGAACGGGCAGGCGCUGGCCGCCAAGUACAAACUCACCAUCACCAAUAGCGGCAUGCCGUUUGAAGUGCAGGUGGCAAUUCCUGCGAGCUACCCUGUGCUCCUGCCCCACUUCCGCCUCUCCUUGACUCAGGCUGCUCGGGAUAUGAUGAAUGUCCACGAGAGCAAUUUGGCAGCAAUCGCCAUGGAGGUGAACGAGCACAUCCCCGAGCUGCUGAAAAUUGAUCGCGCUCCAGCGCACACUGUGCUGGCAUACCAACUGCGCCGCCUCUUGAUGUGUGUGGAUUUAUUGGUCGAGGUUGAGGAUCGUCGUUCCGACCGCGGGAACUUCAAGGGUCAACUUUUUGCGACGUCGACCAUCUCGGUGGAUGGCGUGCUUCCUUUCAAAUGGAAUCCCGAUUUGGGUGAGGAAGGACUUUUCGAGCAUCGGUAAAGAGCUCAACCUCAUGUUCUUCAGCCCUGGCCUUUUUGCCCC